CGCCGAUUGGCCGCCGCCUGGCACCGCCUCGCACUCUGAUUGGGCGAGGCUCGGCCAGUGCCGGCCGGCCGCUACCGAACUGCUACUUUCAAAAGCGCCGGGGCCGGCGGUGCGGCACAGCGCAGCGGGCAUGGCUUGCUCACAGAGACCAAGGGAGAGGAUGCCAUUGCCACGCAAUGCCAAGAUGCUGGCCGCCAAGCCGUCCCGAGCGGGCAAGGGGGGCCCUGCUGCAGAGAACGUGGAUCCUGAGAAGCCUCUAUUGCAGGAGGAGAGCUGUCAUGCCAAGAGGUCUUCAUCCUCACCCCAGGGCGGGCCCAAGAAGAGAUCAGCCUUCGGGGACAUCACCAAUGCUCGCAAGAACCAGGUGGCAGCAGGGAAGAAGGAGGCUGUGAAGGUUGCUCCACCCAAGGUGCAGAAGGCACAUAAUGCCUUAGGAGUGGCCAAGAACAAUGAGAUCAACCUAAAAAAGUCAAUGAAGAAAACUCCCCCAACAGCUCCUGCAGAGCCCAAAGUGGAUCCUGUGCCAGAGAAGCUGGCGUCUGUACAGGAACUGAAGCCCCCUGAGCAGAGGCAGGUGCCAGCAGUGGAGGACAUUGACAAGGAGCAGCUGGGUGACCCCUAUGCCAAUGCAGAGUACGCCAAGGAGAUCUUUGAAUACAUGCGGGAUAGAGAGGAAAAAUUCAUGCUUCCUGACUACAUGGAGAAGCAGACGGACAUCAGUGGGGACAUGCGUGCUAUCCUCGUGGACUGGAUGGUGGAGGUGCAGGAGAACUUUGAGCUGAACCAUGAGACGCUGUACCUGGCUGUGAAGCUAGUGGACCACUACCUGGUGGAGGUGGUGAGCAUGAGGGAGAAGCUGCAGCUCAUCGGCUCCACUGCCAUCCUCAUCGCCUCCAAAUUUGAGGAGCGGUGCCCACCGUGUGUGGAUGACUUCCUCUAUAUCUGUGAUGACGCCUACAAGCGGGAGGAGCUCAUUGCUAUGGAGAUGAGCAUCCUCAGCACCCUCAAGUUCGACAUCAACAUCCCCAUCCCCUACCGCUUCCUGCGGCGCUUUGCUAAGUGUGCCCGUGCCACCAUGGAGACACUGACGCUGGCCCGCUUCCUCUGCGAGAUGACGCUGCAGGAGUACGACUAUGCCCGUGAGAGCCCCUCGAAGCUGGCUGCCAGCUGCCUGCUGCUGGCACUGACCAUGAAGAACCUUGGGGGCUGGACCCCUACACUGGAGUACUACAGUGGGUACAGUGCCCAGGACCUGCACCCCCUGGUGAAGAGGCUGAAUUUCCUGCUCACAUACCAGCCCCGUGACAAGCUGAAUGCUGUGCGCAGCAAGUACUCGCACAGGGUCUUCUUUGAGGUUGCCAAAGUCACGCCCAUGGACAUGCUCAAGCUUGAGGAGAGACUCACUAGCUCCUAGCCCUACUCUGUGAAUAAGCCUGUAAAUAAUGGGGUACCCUCAAGCAGGGUGGUACCAUGUACAUAAGUAAUAGUAAUUAUAACUGAGGAAGAAGGGGGGGAAAAAAGUCAUGUGUAACUGUUAAUAAAAUGUGUUUGUUAUACGUGCUGGCACUGGAGACUAUGAGCCCCAGCACUGU